UUUGAAAUAAGUUGAAUAAACUUUGUAUAAAUAAAACUUUAAAAGAAAAUCCUUAAAGAAUGACAGUUUCGUAUACCGCAGAAGUGGCACAUUGUACUUGGUUAGGUUGUUUUCCAAAACUCUUGUUAAGAUGGCGAGCCAGCAUUUACAAACUUAUUUGGGUGGAUGUUUUGGCUUAUAUUGGUUUUUAUUAUGCUAUAAAUGUUACUUAUCGGUUUUUAUUGAAUGAGGACCAAAAGCAAAUGUUUGAAGUAUUUGUGAAAUAUUGCAAUAGCAGUUCUGCCUUAAUUCCUUUGAUGUUUGUAUUGGGCUUUUAUGUAUCGAUAGUUAUUAAGCGGUGGUGGGAACAGUAUAUGACCUUGCCUUGGCCGGAUAGUACGGCUGUGUAUGUUUCCUCUUUAAUACGUGGCCAAGAUGAAAAUGGUCGCAAAAUGCGUCGCACCAUUAUGCGUUAUGUUUGCCUGAGUCUGACUAUGGUUUUAACAAUGAUUUCACCGCGUGUCAAGAAACGUUUUCCUACUCUCGAUCACUUAGUGGAUGUGGGUUUGUUGGUUGAAAACGAAAAGGUCAUAUUGAAAAAUAUGAAUGAGAAAUUUGCCAAGCAUCCCAAACAUUGGAUGCCUAUAGUAUGGGCCUCUAGUAUAGUAACACGUGGCCGCAAAGAGGGACGCAUACGAGAUGAUUCUUCGUUAAAGACUCUCAUCGAUUCCUUGAACUCGUUUCGGGGCAUGUGCAUGGUAUUGUUAUUUUAUGAUACGAUUAGCAUACCUUUGGUUUAUACUCAGGUUGUUACCAUAGCGGUGUAUUCGUAUUUGUUGACUUCGGUAUUUGGUCAUCAGUGGACAGGUGAGACCGAUGAUGAGGGUCUUAUGAAUAUUGUGGACUAUUUCUUUCCCUUCUUUACGGUAUUGGAAUAUAUGUUUUUUAUGGGAUGGCUUAAAGUAGCCGAAUCAUUAAUAUGCCCCUUUGGUGAUGACGAUGAUGAUUUUGAGGUAAAUUGGUUAAUUGAUCGCAAUUUGCAAGUUUCCUAUCUAAUUGUGGAUGAAAUGCAUAAUGAACAUCCUGAAUUAAUAAAGGAUCAAUACUGGGAUGAAGUAUUUCCAGCUAACAUACCGUACGAAACCGAUGGCACAGUAAAAAUAAUUCCAGAAGAACCACCACAACAUUCUACAGCGGAACUGGAGAAAAAGACGACUACUUCCAGAGUACCAAUUUUGCAAUCUAUUACCAGAUUUUUUACCAAACAUUAUGGAAGAGAGGAAACGCAGAGCAUGAUAGUGCCCGUUAAUUUAAAUGACACAGACUCGGCUUCAAAUCAUAUCGAAAUAUCACAAGAAAUGCCCAACACAUUUAGUGGUCAAAAUCUAAAGGCAACCAAGUCAUUAAAUUUGAUUCAUAUAAGUAGUGACAUGACUUAUGCCAAGGAUGGCUAUCAGCCCAAGUCAAGCGAAUAUGAUGAUGAUGAAGAAGAUGAGUUUGAAAAACUAAAGAAACAACGACAACAAGAACGCAUGUCGCGACAAAAUACCAAAUUUGCUCUGCAAGACAAAAUUGAUGAUGUUGGUGAUCUGAAAAGUGCAACAUCUAGAAUUUCUAAAGCAUCACAGGAUAAAAAGUCCAAACAGAGCUCGUCUUCAAAAUCAUCUAUUGCAAAUAGUAGUGAAUCUAAGAAGAGCGUUUAAUCGAAAAG